AUGAGUGCUCCUACUGGAAUGAGUGCUGGCACUGGUCUUUAUUAUAAUGAUGUAGCUGCACAAAUGGAACAAUAUUUAAACAAUAAUACUGGACAUCAACUUCAUUCUGCUCGUGGUUAUGCUCACCACCCUCAAGCAACUCAUGGAACAGCUUAUGCAUCACAUAUGCCUAGCACUGGAACAGCUUAUGCAACAUAUAUGCCUAACAGUAGACCUCACUAUUCAGGUAUAAAUCAUGCAAUGAACCAAGAUGUCGGUGUAUUUGGUCGAUCGUUUAUGAGAAGUUUACAUCCCCGUUAA